CAGGGGAGGGAACUUCGAAUGAAACUCUGCUCUGUCGCAGCCGCGGCUCCAGUAUAAUCAGAUUCGGGUACGAAAAGAGAGCGGGAGAAAGGGAAAAUGGCGGAGUGCACAAGUGAAGUGGAGCCGCUGUGUCCCGAGUCUCUGAAGUUAUACGAGGCCCAGUUCUUUGGAUUUACCCCACAGACAUGCAUGCUGAGAGUGUACAGUGCCUUCCAGGACUCAUUGUACGACAUUUUGGCCACAGUUGAGGCCGUUUUUGUGAAGAAACUAGGCGGGCCAGAUCCACGACCGGAGUUGUGUCAGCAAGCGAGGGAAUACACCGAAAAUUUACUAAAAUACCUACAGGAGCGCAUCCAGCGUCUCUCCAGCCGUAUGGAGACGCUGCUUGUAAACAACGUCCUGUUUGUUCCCCGUAACGUGCUGCUUCCCGAGGACCAACCACACAAGAAGUACCCCCAAGGCGUGGAGCAGUUGCUGAAGUUGGAGACUGAGUUGGCAGAGCUGCAGCAAUCCUACCAGGCGGAGGUGUGCGCCAAGCACGCAUUGCUGGCAGAACUAGAGGAGCAAAGAGCGGUUCAAGAACAACUUGACGGCUUGCUGAAGUGGAUCGGUGAGCUGCGAUUCACCUGGAUGCAGGGCGGCAUGGGUAGCGUGCAAGACAGCUUCGCCUUCAUGACGCAGACUGUCAGGAGUUUGCAGGACAUUAUGAAAGAAAUUGCCAGAAAAACCAACGGACUGGAGUAGCUGUGAUCUUUCACGUUGAAUAACCUAGUGGGAAAUCUGUCUUAUCUUUUGUGAAUAUAUGCACUAACUUCACAUGUAACCCUGCACAGUAAUGUGUCAAUAAAUGUUAAAAAUAUA